AUGUCUCAUUCGCCCCCCAUCAAUGCACAAGAUCCAAGCUUUUCUAAUCCCAGCAUAGCCCAAUGCACCUCCAGCCUCCUUCCUCUUGUUCCUUGUGCACCAUUUGUGCAAGGUAUUUCUGCGUCCCCCGGACAGCCAUGCUGUGACAACCUUGAAUUGCUCUACGCACAAGUCCCGCGUUGUCUCUGUGUUUUGCAGAAUGUCUCCUCAACUUUGACCUCCUUCCCCAUCAAUAGGACACUUGCCCUGCAGCUUCCUGCCCGCUGUACCCUUCAAGUCAAUGUCUCUGAUUGCCCAGGGGUAAAAUUGCCAACCAAUUCACCUCCUACUCAAGCGUCCAAUGGGACGAUGGGCAGCCCAACCGUUGCUGCUUCCCCAAUAGUUCCAGUGACACCAAAACCCAGCGUUAUAGGAUUUGGACUUGCAAGAAGCGAAGCCAUUAAUUUGAAGGCAGGGGAUGGUCUUACUCGUAUAGCAUGUAGAUUAGGUGGUUUUGUUUAUAGCUUAGAUGCAGGCUCUCCAUCUGUUCAGAAACAGAGAUGUGGGAAUCUCAGUUAA